AUGAGACAUAACAGGAACAGCCCACCCUAUAAACCUGGAAACUUCUUCGAAGAAACCAGAGGAAACGAACCAGCUUCAUCAACGUUUGGUGGCAGAGAACAGAAAGGUUUCCGUAGCAACGGUGAUAGGUAUAACGAGCGAAAUUCGUCUUAUUCAAGCCGGAACCCAUACGAAGAUCACAGGUCUCAGUAUGGCGAUGAGCCCAGCAAAGACCAUCAAUCAUAUUUUAACCCGUCAUCUAAAGACGACCAUCAUCGAAAAAAUCCUCAAGCACAUGAGAGGCCAAGCUUCGAACAACAGAACUUUCGCGGGGAAUAUCGCGACGUUGAUUCUAGCAUGAACGGAGGAUUCAGCAAUCGAUACAAUCUGGCCAAGGAUUUUGGUAAAAGAAACAAUAUUCGUGAGGAUCCUAUUCGAGGCAAUGGACGUGACAUGCCUUCCUGGAACAGUAGCAAGAAUCAGAACAGCUAUUCCAACGACGAAAACGAUCGAUCUACCGGUUACGAAUUUUCACAAGCAAGUAGCCCUUAUAGAAGUUACUCCACAACAAACCAGGAGAAUAGUUUCGGUGAAAGAUCGAGUAGAAGUGUUCCCGCACGCGGUAUGUACGCCGCUGGUCGCUCAAGUUUACGACCAGAUAAUAACGAGAAACAAAACGGUUCUCCUUUCGGAAAAAGAGAGGAUUCAAUCAGUUCCCAUGACGAUAACUCCAGAACUUACCGUGGCAAUGAGAGAGAUUAUAAUGACACGAGAAGCGCACGUCCCAAUUCUGACCAGAAUCAUUCUGGUUACGACGCAAGUUAUUCCAACAGAAGCUGGAAAAUUUCUGAUGAUAAACCCUCUCGUCCGACUCGUGGCGGCUAUAAUGGUGAAAGACAAUCAUUCGACAACAACUCAUACAAUGGUCAUUCAACGAAUGAUUACAACUCUAGCCGGCGAAACUAUGAUGGGAACAACUCUGGUCGAAGAGGUGGACAUAAUGAGUCUCGAGGUUACAACAGUUUUGGAGAUAAUCGUGAUGCCAAUGAAGAUCGCUUCGAGGGGAAACGCGACAAUUUCAGCAAGAACAAUAGAUUCUCCGAGAGUGGAAACAAUUACGGUGAUGAUGACGAUUUCGGUAACAGCAAUCGAGGUGGUUCUAGAGGAUCAUUCAGGGGAGGACGAGGAAGAGGCCGGUCCUUCAACUCAGACUUCGGAAGUAGUUUUGAUUCUCGUGGUCCUAGAACCGAUGCAUUUUCUGAAAAUCCUGCAACUGACCAAGCUCGAGCACCUAGAGGAUGGGUUCCCGAAGAUCGUGACGUUGAAAAAGAUUUUGAAGAAGAUCGCAACAAAGAAAAGUACUCCGAGUUCGAUAUGGAUGAGAAGUUCAAAACGACUGGAGGAAAAGAUAUUCAAUACAAGACUUGGGACCAGACAGGUCUUCACGCAACACUUUUGACCAAUCUCAUUGAAAAAUCCCAUUUCAAGAAACUCCGACCGAUUCAAGGGAGAGUGAUCCCUCAUGUACUGGCAAAAAAGAACUUGCUAGGUCAUUCCCAGACGGGCAGUGGUAAGACUUUGGCUUACACGGGCAGUGGUAAGACUUUGGCUUACGUUCUCCCUAUCCUUCAUCAUCUUUUGAAUUCCGAAUCUUCCCAAGAAAAGAUAUUUUACAAUCCCAAAGUGUUGGUUCUUGUUCCUACCAGAGAGUUGGCUAUUCAAGUUUCGAAUGAAUUCCGAAAGUUUGCUUCAGGUACAAAUAUCAAUGUUGGCCGAGCUUUUGGCCAAUAUUCCCGAAGUCAGAAUAGGGCUGAUAUAGCUCAAUGCCAUGUUAUAGUGGGAACCAUUGGGCGCUUGAAGGAUUUUCUAAGCUCAGAUUUGGAUGUUAAAAAUUUGAGUCAUAUCGUACUGGAUGAAGCGGACAAGAUUCUGAAAGACACAGAUAGAGCUUUCAGUGAUAUGAUUAGUACAGACAAGUUCAAGAGAAUUGUAGAGAAGUCAUAA